AUGCCGGUUUCAAGCAUUCACUUCAUCCACUCCUCGGGCUCCGAGCACCACCCUUCGUCCGACGAAGAAUACGUCGGCACCGGCGUACCUCUUAGCGACUCGAACGCCGGUAGUCACGACGACACCGACGAAUCCCUGGACCACUCUGGAGAAGAAGAGUGGAUCGAAGUCGACGAGGACGAGCUCGACCCUUCCGACUCGGCCUCCCGCCCGCGUCAGACCAGACACAGCAGCAGCAGACACCGCGCCCACCCCGAGACACGCCCAACUAGCCAUCGCCGCUCACGCUCUCACGCUGCCCCCGCGCAAGAGGCGCCCCGUCGUCACCGGGCCAGAGCCAUUCCCAGGGAAGACUAUUCGAGAGAACGGAGCGAACACAGUACGCAUCGUCGUCGGCCACCGCCCGGCGACAUAGACGAGCUGGAGUACCCACCACCAGACGAUUAUCCGGGUUACCCCCGUGGCCCGCAUCCCGGACAUCACAACCAAUGGUCACAUAUCCCACCUAGCGUGACUUCGGGCUACGCUCCGAGCAUGAUGUCCGGCUUCCAACCGGCGCCUUACGGCGCUGGUAUGGAUAGGGCGCUGGUUCACAUGUCCAAUGAUCCGUACGGCUACCAGGGGAACCCUUUCGCACCAAACCACCAUGCCAAUCCGUUUUCUCAGAAUCAAAGCAUGGUCGGUGCUGGAUUCUACGACCAUCCACAGGGGCCGCGUCCUGGAAUGGGGCGUCAACGUUACUCCGUUGGCGGCAUGCCCGGCCAGCCUCCUGUCCACCCGACUGGCAGUAUGACGCCAUACUACACUGGGUACGAUCACCACUACGGUAUGCCGCCGCCAAUGCCGCCGUAUGGCUACCCUCCAGCGCCGUAUCGCCACUCACCGGAGCCGUCGCCUGACCGAUCGAGCCGACACAAACAUGGUCCAUCCAAGGCACCAAGCCCACCCCCGGCGGCAGCUCCACCACCACCACCGCCUGUUCCUCCCGUCGCUGUUCCGCCACCGCCGCCGCCGCCACCGCCUGCUCCAUUGCCUCCCCCAGAGCCCACCCCUGCGGAGAAGGAGGCCAUGGCGCAGGCCGCAGAGCAGGCGGAACGUCUCAAGAAGCUAGAAGAGCUCCUCAUGCAGCAGGCGCAAGCGCGAGCAGACAAGGAGGCUGCCAAGAAGAAGGCGGCUGAGGACGCUGCUGCCGCGGAGGCUGAAGCUAAGAAGAAAGGCGAGGAAGACAAAUUGGCGAAGCUGCAUGAUCUUCUGGUCGCUCAGCGUGAGGAGCAGAAGGCUCGCGACGAGGCUAUAGCCGCUGCUCGUGCUGCAGAAAAGGCCGAAGCUGAUGCAAAGGCUGCCAAAGACGCAGCAGAGAAGCAAAAGGCAGCUGAAGACGCAGCUAAGCUGCUGGCUGCAGCGAAAAAGGCGAGAGAGGAGGCCGAGGCAAAGGCUGCAGAGGAGGCUAAGGCAGCGAAGGAGGCGCACGAGAAGGCGCUUGCCGAGGCAGCAGCAGCAGCAGAGGAGCUAAAGAAGGCUAAAGAAGAAGCGGAGAAGAAGGCUGAAGAAGAGGCCAAGGCCAAGGAAGAGGCGGAGAAGAAGGCAGCAGCUGCAGCCGCUCCCCCGCCGGCAGAGAAGAAGCCGCCUAUCAAAUUCAAGGAUGCCGUGGGCCGGAAAUUCAGCUUCCCAUGGCACAUCUGCUGCACGUGGAAGGGUAUGGAAGAACUUAUCAAACAGGCUUUCCUCCACGUCGAUGUCAUUGGCCAGCACGUACACGAUGGACAUUACGACCUCGUUGGGCCUGAUGGAGAGAUCAUUCUGCCUCAGGUCUGGGAGACGAUGGUCCAGCCUGACUGGACCAUCACGAUGCAUAUGUGGCCGAUGGAGGAGCCUGCCCCCAAGUCUCCGCCUCCCCCACCCCCGGCAGCUAUGCCACCGGGGCCACUACCACCACCAUCGUUGGGUGGUGAGCCUUGGAUAGGCUUGAACAUGCCCCGCCGUGAGCCGUCGAAGGGACCUGGAGGUCCUGGCAUGCCCCCACCACCACCUCCUCCACCGCAAAUUAUCGAUGUGGGGCCUCCACCGACACCCAUGGUCGAGAUCCUUAGUCCCAUGCCGCCGGGCCCCAUGCCGGUACCAAAGCCGGCGAAGGCAAAACCGAAGCCCCAGCCGAACGUGGGGUUCCUCCGUUGGACUGCGGGCGGCGCGGUCCGGCCGGCGGGAAAAGGGGCAAAAAAACCUGAGAGCCCAACUGGAGGCGGUGGCUCGGCUUCGGCAGCAGCGUCGCACGGUGGGCAUCCGCAGCAUGGUAACAACGCGGAAGCCGGGUGCGUCGUCAUGUAA